UUCUACACCACCAUCCAUCAACAGGUAUUUAUAUGUUCGUUACCUUUACUGGCUUGUUAAUGAAAUUACAGAUUUUUCACUCUCUAAACUAUUAUUUCGCUCUAAAAGUUCUGUGCUUUUUUUUCUUAGAUUUUUUCUCUUGUUUCUUCUUUAUCUUCUCUCUUGAAUCUAUAAGUAUUGCUAUAUAAAUUUGAGCUUCUGUAACUGACUGUUGAUAUAUUGCGCAGUUAAAGUUUGAUAUUUGGGAAUUUGGGUUCUCAGGAUGGUGAAGCUAACAAUGAUUGCUCGGGUUACUGACGGUCUUGCACUAGCAGAGGGACUCGAUGAUGGCCGUGAUAUUAGAGAUGUUGAAUUUUACAAACAGCAAGUCAAAGCUUUGUUUAAGAACCUCUCAAGAGGCGAAAAUGAGCCGUCAAGGAUGUCACUUGAAACUGGGCCUUACAUCUUCCAGUAUCCUUGUGUGUUGUGUCUCUGUUGUCCCCUCUAUUUGCUCGUUCAUUAUUUCAUUAAUUAUUUGUUACAUUGAAAUUUUCGCGAAUUUAUUUAUUAUCAUACAGAAUUUUCAAUUAAGACACUCAAAUAGUGGUGACUCUUUUGCUUACUGUCGGACUAAUUCAGAGACCUCUGCCUUUUCUGAGCCUACAGAUGAUCAAAGCUAUUCAAGUGAGCCUUUUCCUUCAUGUUGGCACGCCUUGAAGUCCUUAAAGUCUGGCGCCGGAGUUAAUAACCAUUCUGUUCUUACCAGACUAGGCAUGAAGCAACACGAGUCUCUAGUUGGUGAUCACAAACUCAAUGAUCAAGAAGUGUUGGAUUCAGAACUUGAGUUGAUGAAAGAAAGAUUUGCAAAACUUUUGCUCGGUGAAGACAUGUCCAGGAGUGGGACUGGAGUUUGUACUGCAAUUACUAUCUCAAAUUCCAUAACCAAUUUCUAUGCUACUGUUUUUGGACAAAAUUUGAGACUAGAGCCUCUAAAUUCUGAGAAGAGAGCUAAGUGGAAGAGAGAAAUGGACUGCCUUCUAUCUGUAUGUGAUUGCAUAGUAGAAUUCAUCCCCGCCACAUCACAAAAUUUGAGAGAUGGAACAGCCUUAGAGAUAAUGACAAGUAGACCAAGAGCUGAUAUUUAUAUAAACCUGCCAGCUUUGAGAAAGCUUGACACAAUGCUUAUUGAAAUAUUGGACAGUUUCCAAGACAGAGAAUUCCGGUAUGCAGAACAAAGAAUUUCAAUUCUUUCUUUAUUUUUUUUCAAGUGA